AUGGCUCCACCCAAGGACGCCUUCGGAGAUGUCGCUUACAAGAAGAACAAGGGUUUGAAGAACCACAAGAAGGCGCAGAAAGAGAAGGCGCUGGCAAGGCGCAUUGCCGCCACCGGAAAAUUUUACGCGAACAACGCUCCGUAUGCGUCAGUCACUACCAUCAUCUCAAAAGAGAAUGCGCCUGUACAAGAAGACGUUGCUAGAAAAGCCGUGACUACUUCCACGGUCAAGGCUAUUGCUGACGUUGUGGUUGCGUCUGAACUUUCUCGAGACGAGCCAACCAUGCAAGACAAGGCCACUACUGACGUCGAAGCCCUCACUGUAACCCGGACAGCAAAUAUCAAGGCUAUCACCUCGCAAUCUCAGGCUGACACAGAUCCACCCGUGGUUGCAUUCGAGGACCUUGCUACUGGGUCCAAUGACAACGCUCCAACCAAGGUUGGCAGCAGCCCAACCAGAGUCGAACAAAAGUUCAAGUGUAUAUCUUACCCCAAGACUGCUCCUCCUUCACAACUCAAAACUGCGCAUAUAGGCAUGCUCAACCCUACCGCUCCAGUAUUCCACUUCGGAAAGAUUGCGGUCGCCCAAACCCCACCCGUCGAAAUCUCCAUCACAAAAGAAGACAUCGCCCCCGGUUGGCUUACCGACCAUGUGGUAGCGUUUAAAAAGGCAUACGGCGUUGUCGCCCUUAACAAGGCUCUAGAAGCAGCACUAAACGAGAACAUGGAGACUCCGCGCCAGAGGCUCAUUCGCUGCAAGUACAAGGUGUCUGUCGACGCUGAGUUCCAUCCCAAGGAGAAGGUUUUUGACCAGGCUUGGCUAUUGUCCUACUUGGGCAAGCCAUCUGAUAAUUGUUUUGACGAUAAUGGCUUCGAGAUCACGCUGAUCAAGACUGGGUUGACUGAAGCCGAUUUGACGGUGUCAUCAGCUCUCGACGAACUAUUCGUGAAAGUCAAGGCCCAAGGCAUCUCCAAGAUUUCUUUUCCCAAGUUCGAUGAGCUUGCAAAGUUCGAUGGUCCAGUGUCCAUAGGCGACAUGUCUGCCAUCUCCGGUACUAGGGUAACGAAGAAGCCAAUUACACCUCGAACUGUGGAGGAUGUCGAGGAUGAAAUGCGUCUCGCCGCUACGAAGCGACCUCCACAUGCACCAGCAUUUGGUGAUCCUGGUAUUCUCAAGUACACCUUAAACGGACAGGAUUUCGACAACGUCGGCAACGCUAUCACGGAAACCGUGUGCCAAAAGGUACUCGGCUGGCUUGAAGACCAACCAACCUCUCCACCGGAACUAUCGCCAGGUUCUUCGCGCCAGAGCCGCGAAUUCUCACCUCUCGGGCCUGGUCAAGCACUCACGCCUCUGGCGUUCCAUCCCAAGCCUCCAUCUUCAGGAGGACAAGUUUGGCCCAUUGCGGAGAACCUGCCUUGGUGUAAACCGCAAGACGGUUAUUCCUACGGUUCCGGUAUCCCAGUGUAUCCGUACGUUGCUUUUGUCGUUCAGGUAUCUGAUGUCCUUCCUAGUUCACACGGAGAACCAGAGUAG